AUGUCGUUUUCCAUCGGGCUGGAGUUGGUGAGCCAGUUCACCCAGGCGUGGACGCCGAAAACGAUGCCGACGCUGACGCUGCUCAGCUACGUCGACCCCACCCUCAUCCCGCUGCUCAUGGAACAGCUCGCCGCCAUCACUCUGCUGGCGUUUCAUGCUACCGCGACUGCCGACGUGCUUGAGCUUCAACGGUCGUUUCGAGCGUGUGAGGCGCUGCUCACGAUUGCCCUGGGCCAAGGGUUCAUCGCCACCGCCCAUAUUUUGGACCCGAGACGCCAGUACGCCACUCAGGCGGUGUUUAAUGCUACCUUGAACUUGGUCAAUUUGGAGAAUAACGAUAACUUCUACGGCACCCGCUUAACUCUAGGGGGUAACGUGUUGUUCACGGUGCUUUUCGCCCUUCUUUUCGUCUACCACACCGCGAUGAUGAUCUGGCUGAAACACGUCUAUUUCGGCGUGUGCAUGUUCUGCGGCGUCGGCCUCGAGUUCGCCGGCUACCUCGCCCGCUCGCUUGCCGCCAACGACUUGCUCAACGAGGACGACUUCCUCUGUCAGAUCAUCUGUCUCACCAUCGCCCCCGCGUUCAUUAUGGGGGGCAUCUACUACCUUUUGGCGCAGAUGCUCAUCGUCUACGGCCGGAAAUACGCCCUCCUAAAGCCGAUGUGGUUUCUGUAUAUCUUUAUCUUUUGUGAUGUCGCCUCAUUGGUGAUCCAGGCCGCCGGCGGUGGUAUCGCCGCCACCGCGUUAGCUGACUUCAAACUGACCGACGCCGGCACCCACGUGAUGGUGGCGGGGAUCGCGUGGCAAGUGUUCUCAAUGCUGGUGUUCCUCAUCCUUCUUUUGGACUGGAUGUACCGCAUCUUCUUCCGGCUGAGUCCCGAAAUCAAAUUCUCGUUUGGCAACUUCUUCCACCUCCUAUUUAACACGAAAAAGGGCCGCGCCAUCAAACAGGCCCAGGAGCCCUACUUCAACCCCAAGUACCACGAGGUGCGCCUGCGCAAAGUGUUUGGCUGGUCGCCGCUCAUCAUCUUGGUGUCGGUGCUUUUCAUCUACGUGCGGUGUAUUUACCGGGUGAUCGAGCUUGCCGAAGGGUGGAGCGGCUUCCUCAUCACCCACGAGGCCUACAUUUUGACGUUAGACGCACUGAUGGUGUUCCUCGGCUGUCUCGUGUACUUCCCCUUCCACCCCGUGGUGCUCUUCGGCCGCCGCGACGACUUGACGCUCCUGACGAUCAAGAAGCGCUACGACGAACAUAAGCACGCCCACGACGACCCGCAGGGGGGGCUCAAACUGGACUCCGAGUUCUUCUUCCAGAAUACCCACUUUGACUCGUUGGAAUCAACCAAAACCCCGUCAUAUUAG